UAUCAUACACAUGCUUUCAAUUUUAACCAAUAGACUAAGAUCGCAUUUGUAUUUGUACUAUGUGCCUAUACUUUUGUAUUUAAACUCUUUUGAAUCUUUAGAAAGUUAGGUUGGAAAGGUAGCUGGAUAAUCUAAAAAAGAGAACAAUUAAAUUGCAAAUUUCCACUACCAAUACUAUUUCUCAUGCUUAGUUUCCAACUUAUCAAAAACAGAAAAGGGGCAUUAGCUAGUGAAAUUGAUCGUAUACCAAGAAAAUAUGGGAGUGAAAAAGGCAGAGGUUCUAGUGAAAUCAACUAAGCGCCCACCAACUCCGGCACCGGCACCGGCACCGCCACCGCCACCACCGCCUACACGGCCAAGGUGGAGUAGUUAUACGAGGAGGGAGAUAGAAAGGUUUUGGAGGAAGAGAAGACUUGAGGAAGAGGAGCACUUUCUUGCUGCCAUCAAAGCUUCUGCUCGUCUCAGGGCUACUCAUCUAUCUGAAGAAGAAUAUUUGUUGUUUAUAGAGAACUUAGAGGAAGAUAAGACCAAAGAAGAGGAUGUUAACACCAUCUUUCAAAACAAGAGUUAUGGAAAUAAUCAAGAGAUCCGUGUGGGAAUUAAGGAUUGGUGGACAAAGAGCAAAUAUGCUUACUUGAAUGAACCAUCGGUUGGAAGUGUGGGUCGACCAAGCAGAAGGUCAAACUACAAACCUGAAAGUAUUAUCUGGUUCUACAAGAUGUCUUCCCCAGCGGCCACUGCCUCAGCUCAAGCUCUGUUUCUUGGAGUUUACUAAACCAUGGCUUCUUAAUUUCCAAAUUCCAAGCAACAAUACCAUAAUAAAAUUAAUCAUUUGUAAUGUUUGCUUGCAUUGAAAAGCGUUGCGAACUUUGAUUUGUGAUUAUGAUCCUAGCUAAUUGCCAUGGAUUUGAUUAGCAUGAUUUGCUCUGUAAUUAUAAAGUUGUUAAUUUGGAUUUCAGCAUGUACCUGUAAUGAAAGAUUCAUGUUGAUAAUUAAUGUAAAUAGUCAUGUUUUAUGUGUCA